GGCGCAUGCGCGGUGCGGCGGCGGCGGCGCUGAGGGGACGCGGCGGCGCCGGGCCCGGCGCAGGCGGGGGCGGAGGCGCGAGCGGAGCAUGAAUGGGGCAAGAUGGCGGAUCCUGUGCAGAGCCUGGCCCAGCUGGAGAACCUGUGCAAGCAGCUCUAUGAGACCACGGACACGGGCACGCGCCUGCAGGCCGAGAAGGCGCUGGUGGAGUUCACCAACAGCCCCGAGUGCCUGAGCAAGUGCCAGCUGCUGCUCGAGCGCGGCAGCUCCUCCUACUCGCAGCUGUUGGCCGCCACCUGCCUGACCAAGCUGGUGUCGCGCAGCUCCAACGCCCUUCCCCUGGAGCAGCGCCUCGACAUCCGGAAUUACGUGCUGAACUACCUGGCCACGCGGCCCAAGCUGGCCACCUUCGUGACGCAGGCGCUGAUCCAGCUCUACGCCCGCAUCACCAAGCUGGGCUGGUUCGACUGCCAGAAGGACGAGUUCGUCUUCAGGAACGUCAUCAACGACGUCACGCGCUUCCUGCAGGACAGUGUGGAGCACUGCAUCAUAGGAGUGACAAUCCUGUCCCAAUUAACAAAUGAAAUUAAUCAAGCGGACACGUCGCACCCGCUGACCAAACACCGCAAAAUCGCCUCUUCCUUCCGCGACUCCUCCCUGUUCGACAUCUUCACCCUCUCCUGCAGCCUCCUCAAACAGGCCUCAGGGAAGAGCCUGCACCUGCCGGACGAGAGCCAGCAGGGGCUGCUGAUGCAGCUGCUGAAGCUGACCCACAACUGCCUCAGCUUCGACUUCAUCGGCACCUCCACCGACGAGUCCUCCGACGACCUGUGCACCGUGCAGAUCCCCACCAGCUGGAGAUCGGCUUUCCUGGAUUCCUCCACCCUGCAGCUGUUUUUUGACCUUUAUCAUUCCAUCCCUCCCUCCUUCUCUCCGCUGGUUCUGUCCUGCCUGGUGCAGAUCGCCUCCGUGCGCCGCUCGCUCUUCAACAACGCCGAGCGCGCCAAGUUCCUCUCGCACCUGGUGGACGGAGUCAAACGGAUCCUGGAGAACCCCCAGAGUCUGUCGGACCCCAACAAUUACCACGAGUUCUGCCGGCUGCUGGCCCGGCUGAAGAGCAAUUACCAGCUGGGGGAGCUGGUGAAGGUGGAGAACUACCCCGAGGUGAUCCGCCUGAUCGCCAACUUCACCGUCACCAGCCUGCAGCACUGGGAAUUCGCCCCCAACAGCGUGCACUACCUGCUGAGCCUGUGGCAGCGCCUGGCCGCCUCGGUGCCCUACGUGAAGGCCACGGAGCCGCACAUGCUGGAGACCUACACGCCCGAGGUGACCAAAGCCUACAUCACCUCCCGCCUGGAGUCCGUGCACAUCAUCCUCAGGGAUGGCCUGGAGGACCCUCUGGAGGACACGGGGCUGGUGCAGCAGCAGCUGGACCAGCUGUCCACCAUCGGGCGCUGCGAGUACGAGAAGACGUGCGCGCUGCUGGUGCAGCUCUUCGACCAGGCCGCCCAGUCCUACCAGGAGCUGCUGCAGAGCGCCAGCGCCAGCCCCAUGGACCUGGCGGUGCAGGAAGGGCGGCUGACGUGGCUGGUUUACAUCAUCGGCGCCGUCAUCGGCGGCCGCGUCUCCUUCGCCAGCACGGACGAGCAGGACGCCAUGGACGGGGAGCUGGUCUGCAGGGUGCUGCAGCUGAUGAACCUGACGGACUCGCGGCUGGCGCAGGCGGGGAACGAGAAGCUGGAGCUGGCCAUGCUCAGCUUCUUCGAGCAGUUCCGCAAGAUCUACAUCGGGGACCAGGUCCAGAAAUCCUCCAAGCUGUACCGGCGGCUCUCGGAGGUUCUGGGGCUGAACGACGAGACCAUGGUGCUGAGCGUCUUCAUCGGGAAGAUCAUCACCAACCUGAAGUACUGGGGCCGCUGCGAGCCCAUCACCUCCAAGACCCUUCAGCUGCUCAACGACCUCUCCAUCGGGUACAGCAGCGUGCGGAAGCUGGUGAAGCUCAGCGCCGUGCAGUUCAUGCUCAACAAUCACACGAGCGAGCACUUUUCCUUCCUGGGGAUCAACAGCCAGUCCAGCCUGUCGGACAUGCGCUGCCGCACCACCUUCUACACCGCGCUGGGCCGGCUGCUCAUGGUGGAUUUAGGGGAGGACGAGGAUCAGUACGAGCAGUUCAUGCUGCCCCUCACCGCUGCCUUCGAGGCCGUGGCUCAGAUGUUCAGCACCAACUCCUUCAACGAGCAGGAGGCCAAGCGCACGCUGGUGGGGCUGGUGCGGGACCUGCGCGGCAUCGCCUUCGCCUUCAACGCCAAAACCUCCUUCAUGAUGCUCUUCGAGUGGAUUUACCCCUCGUACCUGCCCAUCCUGCAGAGAGCCAUCGAGCUCUGGUACCACGACCCCGCCUGCACCACGCCCGUGCUCAAACUCAUGGCUGAGCUGGUCCACAACAGGUCCCAGCGGCUGCAGUUCGACGUCUCCUCUCCCAACGGGAUCCUGCUUUUCCGGGAGACCAGCAAGAUGAUCACCACCUACGGGAAUCGCAUCCUGACGCUGGGCGAGGUGCCCAAGGAGCAGGUGUACGCGCUGAAGCUGAAGGGCAUCUCCAUCUGCUUCUCCAUGCUGAAGGCGGCGCUCAGCGGCAGCUACGUCAACUUCGGCGUCUUCCGACUGUACGGCGACGACGCGCUGGACAACGCGCUGCAGACCUUCAUCAAGCUGCUGCUCUCCAUCCCGCACAGCGACCUGCUGGAUUAUCCCAAGCUGAGCCAAUCCUACUAUUCCCUGCUGGAAGUGCUGACCCAGGACCACAUGAACUUCAUCGCCAGCCUGGAGCCGCACGUCAUCAUGUACAUCCUGUCCUCCAUCUCCGAGGGGCUCACCGCGCUCGACACGAUGGUGUGCACGGGCUGCUGCUCCUGCCUGGACCACAUCGUCACGUACCUGUUCAAGCAGCUCUCGCGCAGCUCCAAGAAGAGAUCGACGGCGCUGGCGCAGGAGAGCGACCGCUUCCUGCACAUCAUGCAGCAGCACCCCGAGAUGGUGCAGCAGAUGCUCUCCACGGUGCUGAACAUCAUCAUCUUCGAGGACUGCCGGAACCAGUGGUCCAUGUCCCGGCCCCUGCUCGGCCUCAUCCUGCUCAACGAGAAGUACUUCUCGGACCUGCGGAACAGCAUCGUCAACAGCCAGCCCCCGGAGAAGCAGCAGGCCAUGCACCUCUGCUUCGAGAACCUCAUGGAGGGCAUCGAGCGCAACCUGCUCACCAAGAACCGCGACAGGUUCACCCAGAACCUCUCGGCGUUCCGGAGGGAAGUCAACGACUCCAUGAAGAACUCGAGCUACGGCGUCAACAGCAACGACAUGAUGAGCUGACAGCCGCAGAUCCCGAAUCCCAAAUCCCGAAUCCCGAAUUCCCGGGAGCAGGAGCAGCAGGGGCAGCUCACCUGGGCAGGUGUUUUCCCGUGGGAAGGGCAGAAUCCAGCUGCAGGAAUUCCAAGGUGUCUGUGUCUUCUCUUUUUCCCUUCCCCGCCCGGAACGUGGAACCGGCGGCGGCUCGGCCGCGGAAAAACCUGCCUUGUAUAAAAGAAAAAACAAACAAACAAACAAAAAACCAACAAAAAAAAAAGAAAAAAAAAAAAAACAUGUACAUUUUUUCAUAACAUUUUGGAGCAAGGUUUAUAUUGAGUUUCAGAAAAACGAGAUGAUUAAAAAAAAAAAAUUAAAAAAAAAAAAAAGACAAAAAAAAUCAUAAAAAAAUACACACCAAAAAAAAAAAAAAAAAAGAUACAAAAAAAAACGACAAAAGGACAAAAAAAACAAAGUGUGAUUGAAAUUUUUACAGAGUCUUGGUGCAGCUGGUGUGAGGGUUGUGAAUGCGAGUGAGGAAAGCGUGGCCUAAAGCUUUACUGGGCGAGGGGGUGGCUGUGUGAAAGUGCAGAGAUCUAUUUAGUGAGAGGAGCUGUAGAGAGAAGCGAAAUCUCAAAACGACGCAAAAAAAAUAAAAAAAUGAAAAAAAAAACCGACGGAAAAAAAAAAAAUUUAAAAUAAUAAUAAUAAUAAAAAAAAAACACCACAAAAAAAAAAAAA